CUACGCAAGGCUGACCGAAGCUUCUGGGCGGAGAAUCAGAAGAGCGAAACGGCGGAGCAGAGAGUCACUCAGGGUUAAUAAUAUUCCGCCGUGGGGGGGAGCGGGGGAGGAUAUACACAUACAUACAUACAUACAUACAUACACACUGCCAACCCGGCGACGAGGUUGGGCCUGCGGUGCCUGCCUACAACCCAGGAAAUAUGGAGCUCGAGAAUAUCGUGGCCAACACUGUUUUGUUGAAGGCGAGAGAAGGAGGUGGUGGGAACAGAAAAGGCAAAAGCAAGAAAUGGAAACAGAUGCUUCAGUUCCCUCAUAUAAGCCUGUGUGAAGAGUUACGUCAAACUAUAGAGAAAGACUACAACAGCCUUUGUGAGAGGCAGCCAAUCGGACGCUUGCUCUUCAGACAGUUCUGUGAUACCAGGCUGGAGUUGAGACGCUGCGUCAAAUUCUUGGAUGUUGUGGCAGAGUAUGAAGUAACACCAGAUGAGAAGAGGAAGGAAUGUGGACAAGAACUCUUAGACAAGUACCUCAAUCCAAAGUCAGAAGACUACGUCCCAGAGGUAACGGAGGAGAUGGUCACUAAGUGUGCGGAGCGCUUGCAGCAGGAGGCAUGUAAAGAGCUCUUUAUGGAGUGCACCAAAUUGAUUCAUGACUACCUGAGCGUGGCCCCCUUUGCAGACUACCUCGAUAGUAUGUACUACAGUCGCUUCUUACAGUGGAAAUGGCUGGAAAGACAGCCGAUCACAAAAAACACAUUCCGUCAGUACAGGGUGUUGGGAAAGGGUGGAUUUGGCGAGGUCUGUGCAUGUCAGGUCCGGGCCACGGGGAAGAUGUACGCCUGCAAAAAGCUGGAGAAGAAACGGAUCAAAAAGAGGAAAGGGGAGUCUAUGGCCCUGAACGAAAAGCAGAUUUUGGAGAAGGUGAACAGUCGGUUUGUUGUGAGUCUUGCGUACGCAUACGAGACGAAAGACGCCCUGUGUUUAGUGCUCACGCUGAUGAACGGAGGAGAUCUGAAGUUUCAUAUCUAUCAUAUGGGAGAGGCGGGUUUCGAUGAGAAGAGAGCUGUCUUCUAUGCUGCAGAGAUCUGCUGUGGUUUAGAAGAUCUCCAUAGAGAGAGGAUAGUGUACAGGGAUUUGAAGCCAGAAAAUAUAUUGUUGGAUGAUCAUGGUCAUAUACGUAUAUCAGACCUGGGCUUGGCUGUGCACAUACCAGAAGGUCAGACAAUCAAAGGUCGCGUGGGCACCGUUGGGUACAUGGCCCCUGAGGUGGUGAAGAACGAGAGGUACACAUUCAGUCCGGACUGGUGGGCUCUCGGCUGUCUCCUCUACGAGAUGAUCGAGGGCCAGUCGCCCUUUCAGCAGCGCAAGAAGAAAAUCAAACGUGAGGAGGUGGAGCGGCUGGUCAAAGAGGUGGAGGAAGAAUAUUCCAGCAAGUUCUCCGAAGAUUCAAAGUCGCUCUGUAAAAUGCUGCUAGCCAAAGACCCUAACGAGAGGAUUGGCAGCCAGGGGGGCGGAGCCUCCGAGGUAAAAGCCCACCCCAUUUUCCGUUCCAUCAACUUCAAGCGUCUUGAAGCAGGCAUGCUCGAAGCUCCCUUUAUUCCAGAUCCUCAGGCCAUCUACUGUAAGGAUGUGCUGGACAUCGAGCAGUUCUCCACGGUGAAAGGGGUGGAGCUGGAGCCCAAAGAUGACUCCUUUUACAGCAAAGUGUCCACUGGAUGUGUUCCCAUCCCUUGGCAAAAUGAGAUGAUAGAGACGGAGUGCUUUAAAGAGCUCAACGUGAUAAACUUGGACGGCACUGUGCCACCGGACCUCGACUGGAGAGGUCAACCUUCACCCCCACCCAAACAGGGCUUACUUCAGAGACUCUUUGGAAGACAGGAGUGCUGUGGAAACUGCAGCGACAGUGAGGAGGAGCCGACACGUCUGUGAAGGCGUGGCCUGUCCCCUACACCGCUGAGGAUCUCAUUUGUUUACAGUUUUUGCACAUUUGUAUUUUUACGAUAGCUCUAUAUAAAUAUUGGAAUGUAUAUUUUCAUUAUAUAGCCAUGCAGUGUAUCUUAUUUAAAAUCAUCACGUGAAAAGGACGAAAACGGGUCACGGUUAUUGUCCUUUAUCAUGUGUCAAAUACGGCGAGGACAGAUCAUUCAACACUGAAGCCGACUGACCCGACCGCCGAUACAUGUCACCAGUACAUGCGUAUCGCAGCCUCUUUGCGCUUUUCUUUUCUGUUAAUUCACACACGUGUACAGUAUGCACUCAGAAAUAUUUGUUUUAAGACACGGGGAGCAAAGGAAAUUUGCUUUUGCAAAUAUUUUUAUAUUUAUAUUUUGAAUUCUUUUAUUUUCUUAAGGUAAUGUUGACAAUCAAAUGACACCAUUUGUAUUAAACAGUGAAACGUGCAUUAAUGGAUCAAAGAAAAGCAAAAACAGGACGUGACUGAGUAAUUUUAACAUCAUAAAUUGCGUGAGGUGACUUGGCUAGAGAUACCUAGUAAACCAAAUAGGUGCGACUAUAUAAGUACAAUAACAUCUGGAGACGGUCGAUCGUGCCGAUCAUGUUGUAAAUACAAGACACUCAUCUGUAAAGUCUUCAGUGCGUCUUCCUGCAAAUUUCUCACUGGAUGAAUGGGGAAAAAAACAUCCUGGUUAUAGUUGUGUGUGCGUGUGUUACAUACCGAAUCAAAACGUGAGGCAUUAUUAUCCAUUUAUGAUAUACUUCAAGAUAUGUGAGCGGUAAUAACAUGACUUUGUACUUGACAUUGUCACAUUCAAGCUCUGAAGACUAAAAGACUUCAGUACCCAACACAUUUCUACAGAUAAUCAUUGCUUAAAGGUUGACCACGAUAAUAUACAUAAAAAAUUGUGGGUUUUUAAGUAGUUAAUAGUAGAUGUAAUUUUCAUGUGCUGCAUAGAAUUUAUUUGCUGCUUUUUUACACGUAGGUCAAACAAAAAUAAUUUGCCAAAAAUAAGGUUUUUUUUGUUUAUUUAUUUUUUCUUUGUUAUUUUUUUUUAUUUUUUUUAUCCAAUCUCCUGCACUCACAAUAAGCUCUUUUUUGCUUGGAAAUAUGAUGGCUUGGGAACUUUCCUCUACAUUUGACCUCUUAAUGCACUUAAGACCAAACCGGUUACUUUUUUAUGUGGUUUUUCAUCAUAGAAGGUGCCUUUAGAGGUUUUAAGGUACUCAUUAUUCGAAGUGUUUUUAUUCGCUGGCUUAGCAUCUUGUUGCGCACACUUUUUUCUCUGUUCUCCAUUGUUUUACCUCAAACAUUACUGUGCCCUAGCGAUGUCCAAACUUUUUUCCAGAACUUUUGUGUAUACCUGCAACGAACAUUCGGACAUCCUCAUAUCUCGCGAGCAACUCUGGAUCUUUGUAUUUAAGCCUCGCUGAAUGCGCACCGUUGGCGGCCCAUAAACUCUAGGCUCUAUGAUGAAGCGCAACGCUUCAGAAGAAAUCCAUGGAAGUACCGUCACGUUUUCUCAUCUAAUCGCAGUUUACAUUAAUUCUGUCGGACAAACUCAAAUACAUUCCAGUCUUUACCGUACUGUACAGUUGUAUAAUGUAUUGUUUUGUUUUGUUGGUUUGUUUAUUAUUUAGCAAUAACGAAUUUUCUAACUACUAUAUAAAUGUGUACAAAAUGACAACAUUUCAAAUCGAGAGGAAGACGGGACUUUGACUCUGUGUUUUCCUGAGCCAGGCUUUUAACACUGUGAAGUGAAGUGUACAUUUCUGUCACAGUACUUUUAUUUCUUUGUGCAAUACACUUUUUUUGUGUGCCUAAAUGCUUAUACCUACACUGCAUGUGCCCGUUUUCUUUAUCAUAACCACUAGCGGAGGCCAUAAUUUCCCCAAAAUGAGUGAAAUGUUACGUUUUAGCAUCUAGUGUUUCUUUUUUGGAAAGGUUGACAACUUCAGGGUCAUUGAUGAUGAUAUAUUAGUUAGGUCAUUUCAAUAAAACAGGACUUUUUUGGUGAAUAUAUAAAUGGUACUGAGAAUUAAACAUGGCAGUUCUUUAGUAUCAAAAAGAGAUCUGGACUGUCCAGCCACAUUUGUCAGUAUUAUUUUUACUGAAUUAACUUCAGAGUUACAAUAAAAAAGACCCCGUAAUAUGAAAGUAAUUCUUUUUGUUGAGUAUUAACAAACAUUUUAAGCCAAAAAUUUACUUGUAUGCCUCUAUGUCUAUGGUGCCAUUUUAUGCAUCAUUUUUUGUUAGCAAAUGGUACGGCUAGCAUUGCUAAAUCUCUUUUUUGUUAGUUUUUUUUUAAACGUAGAGGUUUUAAAAGAAACAAUGUUAAAUCUAAAAUAUAAUCAGAAACAUGUUGUGAAGGUUACAGAGUUAAAUAUGACUAACAGGAAGUGUGUAUAAAGUAAUAAUGAUGUAUAAUCUGAAUGAUUUGGUUAUUCUAAGCCGUCAAUUGAACAAUAAAGUGUUGUCGCGGUGUCACUGUUAUGUUAACUUACCAAAACUGGAUCUAAAUUUGAGUUGUUUAACUGAUGAUGAAAAAAUUCAUGACAUAUCUGUAUUUUUAUGUUUUUAUGUUUAAGUCCACAGCCCUUUCAUUUAAGGCCAAAGCAAUGUGUUGUUGUUUUUUUGCAAUGUCUUGUAUCUGUUCUUGAAGCCUUAUUUGUAUCUGAUACAAACAAUGGUUCCUGGAUUGCACAGUGAAUACUAAUUUUUGCUAAACUCAGUAGUUUCUUCUCACUCAGGUUACUUGCAUCAUAUGUUUUUAUUUGCUUAAUAUACUGUAUAUCCACAGCCUUACUGAUAAUAUAUUGUGAAGCUUUAUAUUUGUCCAUUCUGAAGUUGUACAAAAGACAUGCCACUGGGAAACGCUGUUUAUAGACUUUGAUGUAAAAUUGUGUUGAUGAAAGCAAAUGAGUUUGAGUAAAUGUCCUUUCUUGUCUAAGCACUGAUGCUAUUAUUUGUUUUGUUUUACUUUACGCUGUGAAGUCUGUUCAUUACGCAUGACCUCUCAUGCAGGUCACCUGUGUACCACGAACUGCAUUUUUAUUUCGUUUCUCUUUUUUCCUUCAGGCAUUUUUUUGCAUUAGUAUUUAACUUCAAUAAAUUUUUAUUUGGUUAACUUUGUUCUGAACACAUU